AUGUUCAACGUCUUCAGGGCUAGCGUCGCAGUCAAUCAGGGUGGUCAAUUGCUAUGCCCCGCUUCCCGCGGUUCUGCUACUACAGCACCGCGCGUUGGCCAAUCAGCGCGCGGCGUCCCAGCGAAACAGAAUUCGGGGCCUAUCUGGCCUUGGGCUCCUGGUGGUUCCAGGGCGCAUCGCAAGGUCACUGACCUUCUCCUUGCCAUCAACGCAGCCGCUUUUCUCCUCCAAAUCCUCUCCAACAACCGCCUUCUCUUGCUCGGCGCGAAAGUCAACUCGCUUAUCCGCCAGGGCCAAUACUACCGGCUAUUCUCAUCCGCGUUGCUUCAUGCGGAUCUUCAGCAUCUUGUAGUGAAUUCCCUUUCACUGAAUACGAUUGGUCCUGAUGCUGAGUCGCUGCUUGGUGGCCGGCGCAUGGCUGGCAUCUAUGUGGUGUCAGCGCUCGCCAGCUCAGCGCUGAGCCUCGUGCUCAACCCUUCGCCCUCUGUAGGUGCAUCUGGAGCAAUUUUCGGGCUCGUCGGGGCUUUGGGGGUGUUCUUUCUGAGGCACAAGAAGCAGCUGAGCUUGAGGGGUUCAGCAUAUUUGCGCGGCUUAGGCAGUACAGUCAUGUUGAACCUGGUUCUGGGAGUUCUUUGGAGGAACAUUGAUAACUCAGGGCACCUUGGGGGCCUACUUGGCGGUGCAGCAGCGGCAUGGCUGGUUGGGCCGAGGAUUAUUUCAGCUGGGUUUCCCCCUAAGCUGUAUGAUUACCCUCCAAUUGCAGAGCUUCUAUCAACACUAACAACUUUCGCGCUCGCGAUUAUUCUGCUGAGUUCCGAAGCCGCUGCUGAUGGCACACGGAGUAAUAAGGGCAUGUAUGAGAAGGUUCUGGAACCCACCCUAGACACGGUCCACAUGGAAGACCUGCCCGGAUUCACUCGCAGCGUGGUGGCGAGGGACCAUGCGCUGAUCACACCAGAAAGCCGAGUCUUCAGCCCGCUACCCGGAUGGGAAAACACUCUCUCUGCACAUCUGGUGACUCCUGCCAUUGGCGCACACUUCAGCAUGUCCCUGCUUCGACUCUCAGACAAUGCCUCUUCCGCCCUUCCGGUUGCUGGAGUGGAAAGGUUUGUGUUUGUGGUAUCAGGGCAAGUCAGCUUUGCUCAGUACGGGGCUCCAGGAGGAGAGGCUACUGAGGGAGGGGUGGCCAAUGAGUGCUUGACAGCUGGCGAUGCUGGAACUACCUGCUCAAGCUCUAUUGAUUGGCAGGAGGAGCUUACGGCGGACUCCUAUGUGUAUCUGCCACCAAAUACGCCCCACUCCUUGGCCUCUGCGUCUGGAGCUACACUCGUGCUCAUUGAACGCAGGUACUGCCCUAUCUCGGGCCUUGCUACAGUCUCAGGGGUGGAGAGCGGUUCAGAGGGGUUGGCGGUGGUGGUGGGGCAGACGCACAAGCAACCCAUUCUGCCAGUCCCUGGGGAGGUCUUUGCUCUUCGCAAGCUGCUUCCCACCACCAUUGCCUAUGACUUUAAUAUUCAUAUCAUGGACUUUGAGCCGGGGGAGUUCCUUAAUGUGAAGGAGGUGCAUUACAAUCAGCACGGACUGCUGCUGCUGGAAGGGCGAGGAAUAUACCGCUUGGCUGAUAGCUGGUAUCCUGUCCAAGCAGGUGACGCCAUUUGGAUGGCCCCUUUUGUUCCCCAAUGGUAUGCAGCACUGGGCAAGACUCGGUCAAGGUAUCUCCUUUACAAGGAUGUCAACCGCGACCCGCUGCUCCAUCUGUCUUGUUGA